GCACAUCACCAUUCUGGCCGUGCACCUCAAAACGCGGCGUAUCAAUUAGUUGAACCUCAGCCAACUCGCACGGCCAGAAUUGUAUGUUGCACGGCCGUGCGGAUUUCACUUGUGCCCGUGCGUGCCCACGCACAAUCCCGCACGGCCAAACUGGUCACUUGCACGGCCGUGCGUGGCCACGCACAAUCCCGUGCGUGGCCACGCACAAUCCCGUGCGUGCCCACGCACGAUCCCGCACGGCCAAACUGGUCACUUGCACGGCCGUGCGGGUUGUGGGUGUGCCCGUGCGACUUCCUCAGAACCUCGCCAUGCGUCCGAUCCUCGUCCAAUCGACCCCAGACUCGCUCCUAAGCCUUCAUUCACGUCCUAAGACCUGAAAUAUCACAAACAAGCACAACCUACCGUGAAAUCGGCCUAAAACACGAGAAUCAACACCUCAAACGGUGUAAGAAUGGGGGUAAAAACAUGUGUAAAUGACGGUCUAUCAAUUAAGCUCUUAUUUGGACGGAUUUAUUCGGGGUCAAUUUUUGGCAGAUUCCAAAGGGGUACCAUCACAGAUUUCGGUUGAUUUUUUUGAAAUGUCAUUUUCUUUCGAUAUUGAAGACUACAAAACACGGAAUCAGGUUUAGGCUAUUCUCCACCAAUAAUUAAGUCUAUUGAUCCUAUUCUCCACUGAUGAUAAGUCCAUUAAGCAUCUAUUUUGACCAAUUUAUUUUCAUAUGGCAUUUUCGUAAUUUAUGGGGCGACGAAAGGCCAUUUUCUUUGGAUUUUGAAGGCCACAGGUCACUAAUUCGGCCUGAGGCUAUUCUUCAAAGAUAAUUAAGUCCAUUAAGCACCGAUUUGGGCGGAUUUUUUCCAGGUAAAUUUUUGGCAUAUUCAAAAGGGGCACCAUCACAGAUUUCGGGCGAUUUUUCCGAAAUGUCAUUUUCUUUCAAUUCUGGAGGCUACAGAUCACGAAAUCAGACCGAGGCUAUUCUCCACCGAUAACGAAGUCUAUUGUUCCUAUUCUCCAUGGAUGAUAAGUCCAUUAAGCACUGAUUUGGGCCAAUUUAUUUUCGGAUGACAUUUUCGUAAUUUAUGCGACGACGUAAGGCCAUUUUCUUUGGAUUUUGAAGGCAACAGAUCACGGAUUCGGCCUGAGGCUAUUCUUCAACGAUGAUUAAGUCUAUUUAGCACUAAUUUGGGGGGAUUUAUUCUGGGUCAAUUAUUGGCAGAUUCCACAGGCGUACCUUCACAGAUUUUUCCCAAUUUUUCCGAAAUGUCAUUUUCUUUCGAUUCUGGAGACUACAGAUCACGAAAUCAUGCUUAAGCUAUUCUCCACCGAUAAUGAAGUCUAUUGAUCCUAUUCUCCACGGAUGAUAAAUCCAUUAAGCACCGAUUUUGACCAAUUUAUUUUCAUAUGGCAUUUUCAUAAUUUAUGGGGCGACGAAAGGGCAUUUUCUUUUGAUUUUGAAGGCCACAUGUAAUUAAUUCGGCCUGAGGCUAUUCUUCAAAGAUGAUUACGUCCAUUAAGCACCGAUUUGGGCGGAUUUAUUCCAGGUCAAUUUUUGGCAUAUUCCAAAGGGGUAAAUCACAGAUUUCAUGCGAUUUUUCCGAAAUAACAUUUUCUUUCGAUUCUGGAGGCUACAGACACGAAAUCAGGCCGAGGCUAGUCUCCACCGAUAAUGAAGUCUAUUGAUCCUAUUCACCAUGGAUGAUAUGUCUAUUAAGCACCGAUUUGAGCCAAUUUAUUUUCGGAUUGCAUUGUCGUAAUUUAUGGAGCGACGAAAGGCCAUUUUCUUUGGAUUUUUAAGGCUACAGCUCGGGAAUUUGGCCUAAGGCUAUUCUUCAACAAUGAUUAAGUCCAUUAAGCACCAAUUUAGGAGGAUUUCUUCCUGGUCAAUUUUUGGCAUAUUCCAAAGGGGUACCAUUAUAAAUUUCGAACGAUUUUUCCGAAUUUCCAUUUCCUUUCAAUUCUGGAGGCUACAUAUCACGAAAUCAGGCCGAGGCUAUUCUCCACCGAUAAUGAAGUCUAUUGAUACUAUUCUCCACGGAUGAUAAGUCCAUUAAGCACCUAUUUGGGCCAAGUUAUUUUCGGAUGACAUUUUCGUAAUUUGUGGGGCGACGAAAGGCCAUUUUCUUUGGAUUUUGAAGGCUACAGAUCACGGAUUCAGCCUGAGGAUAUGCUUCAUCGAUGACUAAUUCCAUUAAGCACCAAUUUGGGCGGAUUUAGUCUGGGUCAAUUUUUGGCAGAUUUCAAAGGGGUACCAUCACAGAUUUUGAGCAAUUUAUCCGAAAUGCCAUCUUCUUUCGAUUCUGGAGGCUACAGAUCACGGAAUCAGACAGAGGCUUUUCUCCAUCGAUAAUGAAGUCUAUUGAUUCUA